ACGGUGUACAAAAAAGUAGAGCCGAAAGCGUUCGUUAAUGCACUCGAUCCAUUGCUCGGACAGCUGCGAAAACGCCAGGGUAUCAUAUACCUGAAGCGAUUGACAGCCGUUCUGGAUGAAGAUAGCGAAAAGGGAUUCGGGCUCACAAAUGCCAACGCCUCUCUCUUCGCAGCAUACGACAUCAUAGCUUUGCAUCCCACCACUGAAACCACGUUCUCUCUUGCAUGCCUGAUGCACACGGCCCCUUCCUCCCUGACUGCCCACAUCCUAUCCCUUCCUCUCACCCUCCCCCGUCUCCCCUUUCGCAUGAAACACAAGGUCGUGCGCGCAGCACUUAGAAACGGCGCAGUGUUUGAGAUCAAUUAUACCGGUGCGUUGGGUGGGGCAGAAGAGACAGACGGUGGAGGGGGGACAGGAGCGAAGCGGAACUGGUGGGCGGGUGCAAGAGAGGUCGUCAGGGUCACGAGGGUAGUGAGCGGCGGGGUAACUGGUGAAUUGGAGCUGCGAGCUCCCAGGGAUGUAGGAAACCUAAUCACGUUUCUCGGGCUUCCGCAGAACCUUGCUCAUGACGCGUCAACGACAACACCGAAGUCGCUAGUGUUACGCGCCCAAACGCGCAAAACAUACAGAGCUGUUUUCUCUGAACCCAAGGUCAUCAUACCCGAA